AUGGGGGACUCAAAGUCCAAAAAUGCCAGCGCAGCCAAGCCAGAUGUCAUCGUCAUCUCUGAAGCUGGCCAAGAGGUCGACAAGCGGCUUGACCAGCACAUGAGCUACGAGUUUGGGGGCCCCUUUGGCGUCGCCGCCAUAAUGACGGGCUUCCCGCUGCUAAUGUACUAUUUGUGGAUAUGCUUGUGGUUCUACGAUGGCCACCUUGUGUACCCCACCGCGCUGGACGAUGUCCAGCCAUUCCUCGGGAGGAUGUGGUCCCAUGUUCAGGAGGAUGCCAACCCAUCGCUGUAUGCCUGGAAGGUCUACGGCGGGAACAUGGUCUUCCAGCUUUUCCUGGCCUGGGUGAUGCCUGGCCACAUCCAAGAAGGGCUCCCUGUCCCGUCGCUGGGCUACAAGAAGCUCAUCUACAACUGCAACGCCCUGGGCUGCUUUUACGCGACGCUCGCCACCGCUUUUACCCUCCACUAUACCCACACCUUCCGCCUGACCGAAAUACUCGACAACUUCGGCCACCUCAUGUCCGUCGGGAUGAUCGUUGGGUUUGCGACUUCGUUUGGCAUGUACUUCAUUGGAGUUGCCACGGGCAAUACCAUUCGCAUGUCUGGCAACUUCAUCUACGAUGUGUUCAUGGGGGCCAUUUUGAACCCCCGGCUAGGGCCCAUCGACCUCAAAAUGUGGGCAGAGGUCCGCGUGCCGUGGGUAAUCGUCUUCUUCCUGUCAGUCUCUGGCGGCUGCAAGCAGUAUGAGGAGUACGGCUAUGUCACUCCGAACAUGGCCUUUAUGAUAUUGGCGACUGGCCUCUACCUCAAUGCUUGUGCCAAAGGUGAAGAAUGCAUCCCCCAAACCUGGGAUAUGUACCACGAAAAAUGGGGUUUCAUGGUCAUCUUCUGGAACGCCGCAGGAGUUCCUUUCUCAUACAUCUACUCGAUCGUCUACAUGGCGCGGCAAGAUCCCUCCAAAUACCGCUUCCCGACUCCCGUCUAUGUGCUCAUGUUCGGGACUCUCCUUACCGCCUAUUUCAUCUGGGACACCUCGAUGUCGCAAAAGAGCAGAUUCAAGAUGCAGACUCAAGGGAUUACCACAUUCCGCAAGUCAUUCCCGCAGCUACCGUGGUCCAUUAUCAAAAACCCCACCUACAUCCAAACCGCUCAUGGGUUCGUCGCAGCCAACCGCCUGUUGACGAGCGGGUGGUGGGCAUACUCACGCAAGCCUAACUAUGUCGCAGACUGGACAAUGAGCUUCCUGUGGGGGGCCAUCAUUGGUACCAACAGCAUUAUACCCUACUUUUACUCCAUGUUCUUCAUCACCGUGCUCAUCCAUCGAGUCGGUCGUGAUUUCGAGCGGUGCGCAAUCAAGUACGGCAAGGACUGGGAGCGCUACUGCGAGGUCGUCAAGUGGAAGUUCAUUCCGGGGGUAUACUAA